GGUUCCGCUUGUCAUAGGCAAAACAGCGCCAGAAGACGAAACGUGCACUCGCAUUGCGCAUGCGUACGGAACGCAUACAAAACUUGGCGGCAAAUUUUUUCAUUAAAAUCUUGUCAAAGUUUUAUACUGUAAAUUAAGUGUAAAGGUGCUUUUUGGAAACUGAAAUCGACAAUUUUCAUUACCUAAAAAUAUUAUUAUUUACUUCUAGAAUGGCUCCAGGGAAAGGAUUUGCUUGGAUUUGUUUUUGUGGCGUCUUUAUUUUACUUCUAAUUGUAAGGCAAAUUUCAGCAAGCACAAAGUUUAACUCGCAUGUGAGCGUAAGCACUCCGGCACUCACCUUUACGCACGGGGUCGGUGACCCUGUGUUCGUCUACGACAGGAGGCCCAUUCAACCUCCUGUUGGGAAUUCUAGAGGUCAAAUCUUACCGGCGCGUGGCAAUGGAUACCCUUACACGAAACCAAUUAUACCAUUCAGUAACGAAGAGGUAGAUCGCGGAAGCUCAAUCAACGCCAAUCGUUGGCAAUCAAAUGGGUACAGAGAAGUCUCGAUCCCGAUAUUACCUCCGUCUCCUUAUAAAGUGGACUCGCCGGAUCCGGAGUCUUUAUGGCCCGAAGGACUGUUUCUACCGCCAAUUCCACCACCCCGUUUCACCAUUGGACGACGUUCCGACGCCGAAUCUGAAAAUUUUGAUCCUUACCUUUUAGAGGGGUCUGAAGCAGUUGCUGCAGUACAAAGGGCUAAAGACCAUGGACAUCUUUAUUUCCAUGAGAUCCCACACAUACAGUCUCUAUUUGAAAAUCAAGAACUGCGUGUCAAAAAUAAUUUGAAACCACAUAUCGUUGGGAGCAUACGUCACACCUGGCCAUUCAAUCGAACUUAGCAAUCAAAAACAAUUUCUAUAAUAUAAAAAUAUUUAAUUGUAUAAAAUGUAAAAAAUACUCAAAAGCCAUAUAAACAUUAUAUAAAAUAAUAAUAAAUUAAAUUCUCAUGAAAUUGUGUUCUUAUUGUAUAUACAUUUCACAAUCUAAAGUUACCCACUUUUAUAGUAAGCUCUUAACCCUUAUUUUCCAAAAUAAAAUAUUUCAAAAAUCAAAAGGACAUUGCUGAAAUUGUUUGUCACAGCAAUUAAUUAUUAUAUAAAAUUAUGGGCCUUACACGUGGUGUAUUUGGAAAUGUUCUCGAAGAUGAAACCGGUGGCAGAACAGAACCCCGUUCGGGCGUAGCUGCAAUAUCCUCCUGGGAUACCAGCGAAUCGGUAGAAUCUAUUAUUACAAACUAUAUUUAAAAAAAUACUACAACAAUCACUUUUCUCACUUACUAAAGUUUCUUACAUAAUGAAAUAAUUCAUAAUCUGUAAACGCACAGGACUUUAAUUUCUGGAAAACGUGUGUGCCAUCGGUCAGCUACCUUGGUGGUUCAUAAAAUAUGAAUUAGUUAUAACCGCUCUUUUUUUUAAUUCUUUAUUAGAGCCAUACACCUUUUAGGUUAAGUCGGCUAUAUCCGCUCUACUUAAAAAAAAAUGUGGGUAGCUAUUAAAACUAGUGUUUACCGCAUUGUUUUUUCAAGAUAAAAAAUGGAAUUCAUAAAGUGGAUCUAUAUAUUCGAUGUUGUCUAAGUCUAAGAUGAUGUGAGAUCAGUGAUUGUGAUCGUACUUCAAACACAGAACGGACACUAAUUCUAGUAAAUCGCUAUUUUUCUGUUAUGUUACCGUAGUGUCGCGCAUUGUCGUUUUAGUAAAAAAUGUUCUUAAAUAUAAAAAAAAAACAUGAACGUUCUGUAUUUGAAUUAACAGAAUGCCAUUAAGAGGAUAAAAAAAUUCGAAACCACAUUACAUAUGAGGCGGUCUCAAACCAAUCCAUUAUAGGCUAUGUUCCAAUAAACACUGCGAGCACUGUUCAGUGAUCUUACUGGCGAGAAAUUUGUUCCAUUAUGGAUUGAUAGUAUACAGUGGCAGUACCUAUCAUAAAGAAAUAUGUGAUGUCAUAGAUAAUGGCCAUUUUUCAACUGUAAGCACUGAUGUUCCUGAGGUAAGGUACUCUGCUUUUAUUACGUGAUCACCCUUACCGAGCAUAACCUCAUUUCAAUAAUUUAGUGAUUAAAUUAUUAUACAUUACGUUGCUUCAAAAAGAAUAUUUUCUUAUACUAAAAAGUAUAUAUACUUUUAUUAUGCAAUUCAUUCAACUGACAAUAACUUGAUUAUUCAAUUUUUAAAUUAAUCCAAAUUUAAACCUUUUUUUUUUUGUUGAAGUGUAAACAACGCCAAAGACGUCAAUGUCAGUAUACCGUACUGCGUUUCCUUUUAAACAGUAACCAGUAUGCUUAGUGCGAGUUUUUUAACGUUCUCUACAGCGUAGAAGUUAACUCAAUUUUGUAUGGAGUUAGAACG